AUGCUGCGAGACCGAAUCGUCUGCGGCAUACGGGAUGACGAAGCGCGACGGGUUUUGCUGACGCGUAAAAAGUUGAGCCGGGAAGAGGCGGAAGAAUUCGUAAUCGCGUCUGAGAUGGCCGAUAACAACGUCAGGGCAAUGGGAACGGCCCCCCAGGACUCAGCCGGCGGUACGCAUUUCGUCCAAGGUCGGCGGAGGCCCCCAAGACAAGAAAACCGGAGGCCCCCAAGACAAGAAACCAGCGGUGCGAAUCGACGCGCCUGGUGCUGGAGGUGCGACGCGAACCACUCCGAGGACGACUGCCGGCACCGCAAGACCAUAUGCCACAGGUGCGGCACCAAGGGACAUCUGGCGAGGGUGUGCAAGUACAGUCGGCCCAGUCAGCCAGGUGCGUACGCGCUGGCGGACAUCAACACCGAGGAAGAGAGUGGCGAGGAAAUGCUUCACGCCCUGGUGGCUCACAGUCCAGCCAACAAAGACAUGACGCCGCCGAUAGAGCGGGAUUUGCUAUGGGAAGGCAGGAAGCUGCGAAUGAUUCUGGAUACGGGCUCCCCAGUCAGCGUAAUUCCCGAGAGCGCUUUCAAAAGACACCGUAAACGGUGGCCGGCCCUGGAAACGACCCCCCUACGCUUGUCGUGCUUCCUGGGGCCGCUGCCCGUUGUCGGCAAGAUCACCAUGAGUGUACAGUACGGACAGACGCAGGUGCGCAGCUCGUUGAUUGUGGUGAACUGCCCAGGGCCGCUGCUUUGCGGUAGGAAUACGCUGCGGGCGUUUUACGACGCAGGGGCACCGCUUCAAGAAACUGGGGCACCGCUUGGGGUGAACAUGGUGCAGGCCGGCGCAGAGGGGCAGGACCUACUGGAAGAAUUUGCAGACGUUUUUGAAGAGAAGCUGGGGUGCUGCCAGGACCCACCAGUAAAGCUGUACAGGAAGGAAGAUGCGCGACCCCGUUUUUGUAAGGCGAGGCCGGUGCCCUAC